GAAGCUCACCCCAGGCUGCACCACUGGCACAAUGCAGGCCCUACUAUUCCUGAUGGCUCUUCUCUUGCCUUCUGGAGCUGGAGCUGAGGAGAUUAUCGGUGGUGUGGAGUCUAUUCCUCACUCCCGCCCUUACAUGGCCCAUCUGGACAUCGUCACUGAGAAAGGUUUAAGGGUCAUCUGUGGUGGGUUUCUCAUAAGCCGUCAAUUUGUGCUGACUGCUGCACAUUGUAAAGGAAGAGAAAUCACAGUCAUCCUUGGAGCCCAUGAUGUGAGAAAGCGAGAAUCCACACAGCAGAAGAUAAAAGUCGAAAAACAAAUCAUUCACGAAAGUUACAACUCCGUUCCCAAUCUUCAUGACAUCAUGUUACUGAAGCUUGAAAAAAAAGUUGAGUUGACUCCUGCUGUGAAUGUAGUUCCUCUGCCCAGUCCCUCUGACUUUAUCCACCCUGGGGCAAUGUGUUGGGCAGCUGGAUGGGGGAAAACUGGAGUUAGAGAUCCUACCUCGUAUACACUGAGAGAGGUUGAACUGAGAAUCAUGGAUGAAAAGGCCUGUGUGGACUACAGGUAUUAUGAAUACAAAUUCCAGGUCUGCGUGGGCAGUCCCACAACUUUAAGAGCAGCAUUCAUGGGAGACUCUGGCGGACCGCUACUGUGUGCUGGUGUGGCUCAUGGUAUUGUAUCUUAUGGGCAUCCAGAUGCAAAGCCCCCUGCAAUCUUCACCCGAGUCUCCACAUAUGUGCCCUGGAUUAAUGCAGUCAUUAAUACAAGUAGCUGAAAAGCCUGACCUGCUUGAGACACCCUCCAAGCCUGAGUUCAUCUGGUAACUUUUGGUUUUAACACAGCCUGUUUCCAGCAUGUGUCUCAGCCUGUCCCUAGCCUGUCUCCAGCUGUCUCUAAGAGGCCCUCAAAGAUAUACAAGUCUGUGAUGAUGGAUUGUUCCCUGUAAAGCACUUCAAUAAAGACAUAACUUCCAACAGC